UACGACUGUUUCUGAAAUGCCAAGUUGGACGUUUCUGACAACCGCAGCGGUCCAUCCAGCCUCUUAAUUAUUUUUAGGAUCCAUUUUCGAUCGUCUUAUUCAUUGAGGCCUCAGUGAUUUUUUCCCCCCCCCCUUUUUUUUAGGAUUGUCAUUACAUGUUAUAAUGAGUGAAGAGACGAAUCGCCCAGAAAGGUGCAGGAUGCCGUGGUGCGCUCUGAUACAGGCAUGAGCCAUGGAGAGCAUCAAACAUUCAUGUUAACUCGCCACAGUCUCCCCACGGUUUUAUGCUGGGGGCGAAGCCUGCUUCAUACGGACAUCAGGGAGGACGAAGACUGAGACACCCCACAGCACUGCCCGACGGUGCGACCAGUCAGCCAACCGACCGCACGUUUAAUUUCCUCACACCCCACAAUUGGCCAUCGGCGGAGACGCACAGAGGAGACGGUGCAUGGGCGUCCUCGUCUGCUGAAGGCACGAGCCGGAUCGCUGCUCGCCCGGGUGCAGGUGUUCAACACAAGCCGAAAAAAGAAAAGGAAAAAAAAAAAAUACCAACCCGUUGUGCAUAUGAGACGUUCUGAUGCAGAUGGGAUGUAAUGUUGUGUGGCUGCACAGCUGAGCAUUGGUCUCCUUCUCCGCUGCUUCGUGAAGAUUGGCUUUCGGUGUCCACAGAAUGGCGCGGUUUGGAGACGAGGUGCCGGCCAGGUACGGCGGAGGGCCCGGCGGAGGGGGCCCGGGUGGCCGUGGCGGCAGCCGGCAAGGUGGACCCCACGGACACGGACACGGACACGGCCACGGGCAUGGCCACGGCCACGGCCACGGUCCACCCGGAGGGCCCGGGGCCCAGAGAAUGUACAAGCAGUCAAUGGCGCAGAGGGCCCGGACAAUGGCCCUCUAUAACCCCAUCCCUGUGCGCCAGAACUGCUUCACAGUCAACCGCUCGCUUUUCAUUUUCAGCGAGGAUAACUUCGUGAGAAAAUACGCCAAAAAGAUCACCGAAUGGCCUCCAUUUGAGUGGAUGAUUCUCGCCACCAUCAUUGCCAACUGUAUCGUCCUGGCUCUGGAGCAACACUUGCCCGAUGGGGACAAGACACCUUUGUCUGAACGCCUGGAUGACACAGAGCCGUACUUCAUAGGAAUCUUCUGUUUUGAGUCUGGAAUAAAGAUCUUAGCACUUGGUUUUGCCUUCCACAAGAACUCCUACCUGAGAAACGGAUGGAACGUCAUGGACUUCGUAGUGGUGCUUACAGGGAUCCUGUCCACUGUGGGUUCAGACUUCGACUUGCGGACCCUGAGGGCGGUGCGAGUAUUGAGGCCUCUCAAGCUGGUUUCCGGUAUUCCCAGCUUACAGGUGGUGCUCAAAUCCAUCAUGAAGGCCAUGAUUCCCCUGCUGCAAAUUGGCCUGCUCCUUUUCUUCGCCAUCCUCAUGUUUGCCAUCAUUGGCCUGGAGUUCUACAUGGGCAAAUUCCACACAACCUGCUUUGACAAUCACACAGGUGAAAUCCGAGAGGAGUUUCCAUGUGGGACAGAGCCUCCAUCGCGGCUGUGUCCGGAGGGCACCACUUGCAGAAAAUACUGGUCGGGACCAAACUAUGGCAUCACCCAGUUUGACAACAUCCUGUUCGCUAUCCUCACCGUCUUCCAGUGUAUCACCAUGGAGGGCUGGACUGAGCUGCUCUAUCAUAGCAACGAUGCCUCAGGGAGUGCAUGGAACUGGAUGUACUUCAUCCCCCUCAUCAUCAUCGGUUCUUUCUUCAUGCUCAACCUCGUGCUGGGUGUGCUGUCAGGGGAGUUCGCCAAAGAGAGAGAGCGUGUGGAGAACAGGAGCGAGUUCCUGAAGCUCAGACGGCAGCAGCAGAUCGAACGGGAACUCAAUGGUUACCUGGAGUGGAUCUGCAAAGCUGAAGAGGUCAUCUUGGCAGACGACGAGAAUGAAAAUGAUUAUGAUGGUUCUCGGAGGAGAGCCACCAAGAACCAUAAAAGCAAAGCUGAGCUUCUAAACCCAGAGGAGGGGGAGGGAGAUUUGGCAGUAGGCUCCCCAUUCGCCCGCGCCAGUUUGAAGAGCUCCAAGCUUGAGGGAUCGACUUUCAAGCGGCGAGAGCGAAGAUUCCGUUUCUUCAUCCGGCACGUCGUCAAGUCCCAGGCCUUCUACUGGAUCGUCCUGUGUCUGGUGGGCCUCAACACCAUGUGUGUGGCAGUGGUGCACUACGACCAACCUGAACCACUUUCAGACUUUCUGUAUUUUGCUGAAUUCAUCUUCCUGGGGAUAUUCUUGACAGAGAUGCUUAUAAAGAUGUAUGGCCUGGGCAGGCAGGCCUACCUCAACUCCUCCUUUAACUGCUUCGACUGCAUUGUGAUUUGUGGCAGUAUAUUUGAAGUGUUGUGGGCCAUGAUUCAGCCGGGCACAUCGUUUGGCAUCAGCGUUCUACGAGCUCUCAGGUUAUUGAGGAUCUUCAAAGUCACCAAGUACUGGGCAUCUCUGCGUAACCUCGUCGUCUCUCUGCUGAACUCCAUGAAGUCCAUCAUCAGCUUGCUCUUCCUGCUCUUCCUCUUCAUUGUCGUCUUUGCCCUUCUGGGCAUGCAGCUCUUCGGAGGACAGUUUAAUUUUGAAAAAGGCACACCUCCGACCAACUUUGAUACCUUCCCCGCAGCAAUAAUGACAGUGUUCCAGAUCUUGACCGGUGAGGACUGGAAUAUGGUGAUGUACGACGGCAUCAAGUCUCAGGGUGGAGUCAACAAGGGCAUGGCCUUUUCUGUCUUCUUCAUCGUCCUCACGCUUUUUGGCAACUACACCCUGCUAAAUGUGUUCUUGGCCAUCGCUGUGGAUAAUUUGGCCAAUGCACAGGAACUGACCAAGGAUGAGCAGGAGGAAGAGGAGGCGGCCAGUCAGAAGAUCGCCCUGCAGAAAGCCAAGGAGGUGGCUGAAGUCAGCCCUCUGUCUGCUGCCAACCUCUCCAUUGCAGCCAACAAAGUACACAGUGAGUGUCACAACGCUACCGACCCCUUUCUGGACUGCAAGGAGCAGCAGAAGAACCACAAUAAGGGGGUCAAUAAGUCGGUGUGGGAGCAACGCACCAAGGAGCUGAGGAAGCAGACCCUGGCGUCCAGCCGGGAAGCCCUCUAUAACGAGCUGGACCCCGACGACCGCUGGAAGGCAAGGACAGGGAGGGAGGAGCACAACAAUGUGAAUUACUCGCGUCACAUCCGUCCAGACAUGAAAACUCACCUCGAUCGACCGUUAGUUGUGGACCCUCUUGAAAAUCGCAACAACAACACCAACAAAACCACUGCCAAUAAUCCAGACCUUUACGUCAGUCAGCAUCACCUCGCCGAGGAGCUCCACAAGCAGACAUGUCUCCAUGAACCCCACGGCCAAGUGGGAGGGGGUGGAGGGGGAGGCUCAGGCCUGCCCAGGCCUCCCAUGGAGCGGGGAGAGUCCACGGAAAGCCGGCGGAGCCGCAAAAGCGAGCACCACCACGGUUCUCGCGUCCGACUGGACACCACCGCGAUCCCGGGACCGGACUCAGAGGAGAAGCCGCCCAGACGGCAUCACCACACCCGGAGCGGCAGUCGAGGGGGAGGGCAGUCGGAGCACAGGAGGCCCAGGUCACAUCGGAAGAACGGCGAAGACGGCGAGGAUGGCGGCGGAGGAGGUGUUGGGAAGUCGGGCAGGCACCGGAGCAGAGGUGGAGAAGGAGGAGAGAACGACGGGCCCGGGAAUGGCAGUGAGAGGAGACCCAGGAGAAACCGCCAUGGGAAUCAAACAGAUGGCGAGGGAAAGAGGAUGUGCCAACACAGAAGGAAGGAUUGCAGUGUCCCGAACCUCUCCACCACACGACCCAUUCAGAAGAGCCUCUCCAGGCAGAACAGCCAGUACAGUGAGGACAUGGACAACCUCAUGAAUACCAAGCUGGUUUCUGGCUCCACUCCUCCGAGCGAGGGUCGUCCGAAUCCAGUUGGGAAUCACACCCUUGCCCCUGGCUUUGGAUCCGCCCUCCAUCUUGCCAACAGCGGCACUCAUGGAAGUUUGGUCACACUGGAUAGCUACGGAAAUAUUGGACAUCACCGCACCAACAGUGUGAUCAGGCUGCCCCACCCCGACUACACAGCUGUGGAUAUGCCCAUUUUUCCAUCCACCAACGCCAUACUGCAAGUUAAUAAAAAUGCCAAUACAGAGCCUCUGCCAGCAAAGGAGGACAAAGACGACGAUGACGAUGAAAAAGGAGGUGAAGGAGGGCCCCGGCCAAUGCCGCCAUUCAGCUCCAUGUUCAUCCUGUCCACCACCAACCCGUUUCGGCGGGCGUGUCAUUACGUCUGCACCCUGCGUUACUUCGAGAUGUGCAUCCUGCUCGUCAUUGCGAUGAGCAGCAUCGCGUUGGCAGCUGAAGACCCUGUGUGGCCCGAUUCCCCUCGAAACAAUGUUUUACGCUAUUUUGACUACAUCUUCACAGGCGUGUUCACAUUUGAGAUGCUGAUAAAGAUGGUGGAUCUCGGGCUGGUCUUGCACCAGGGCUCUUAUUUCCGGGACUUAUGGAACAUCCUUGACUUUAUAGUGGUUAGUGGUGCUCUGGUGGCCUUCGCCUUCACCGGCGGCGGCUCUGACUCAGACAGGGGGAGCAGUAAAGGAAAGGACAUCAGCACGAUCAAGUCUCUGAGGGUGCUGAGAGUGUUACGACCUCUGAAGACUAUCAAACGACUUCCCAAGCUCAAGGCUGUGUUUGACUGCGUGGUGAACUCUCUGAAGAAUGUGCUCAACAUCCUCAUUGUCUACUUGCUCUUCAUGUUCAUCUUCGCUGUGGUGGCUGUGCAGCUUUUCAAGGGACGCUUUUUCUACUGCACUGACGAAUCCAAAGAAUUUGAGCGCGAUUGCAGAGGCGAAUAUUUAGAGUAUGAGCGAGAUAACGAAGUGAAGGCGCAGAAGCGGGAGUGGAAGAGGUACGAUUUCCACUACGAUGAUGUGGCUUGGGCCCUUCUCACCCUCUUCACUGUGUCCACUGGAGAGGGGUGGCCGCAAGUGCUGAAACAUUCAGUGGAUGCGACCUAUGAGAAUCAGGGCCCCAGCCCGGGAUACAGGAUGGAAAUGUCCAUCUUUUACGUGGUGUACUUCGUGGUCUUCCCCUUCUUCUUUGUCAACAUCUUCGUAGCUCUGAUUAUCAUCACUUUCCAAGAACAAGGAGACAAGAUGAUGGAGGAUUACAGUUUAGAAAAGAAUGAGAGAGCCUGCAUCGACUUUGCCAUUAACGCCAAGCCUCUGACACGCCACAUGCCUCAGAACAAGCUCAGCUUUCAGUAUAAAAUGUGGGAGUUUGUGGUGUCGCCACCGUUCGAGUAUACGAUCAUGGCGAUGAUCGCGCUCAACACAGUCGUGCUGAUGAUGAAGUAUGAUGGAGCUUCUGAUACUUAUGAAGCUGUUUUAGCAAACCUGAACAUAGUGUUUACUUCACUCUUCUCCAUGGAGUGUGUACUCAAGAUCAUCGCCUUUGGAGCACUGAAUUAUUUCAAAGAUGCCUGGAAUAUUUUUGACUGUGUGACAGUUCUGGGCAGCAUCACCGACAUCCUGGUUACCGAGCUUGGGAUGAAUAAUUUCAUCAACCUGAGUUUCCUGAGGCUGUUCAGAGCAGCUCGUCUCAUCAAGCUGCUCAGGCAGGGAGAAACCAUCCGCAUCCUGCUCUGGACCUUCGUUCAAUCCUUUAAGGCUCUGCCUUAUGUCUGCCUCCUCAUCGCCAUGCUGUUUUUCAUCUAUGCCAUCAUUGGGAUGCAGCUGUUUGGGAAUAUUUUGAUCGAAGAAGAUUCAGAGAGCGCCAUCAACCAGCACAACAACUUCAGGACCUUCAUACAAGCCCUGAUGCUUCUCUUUAGGAGCGCUACGGGAGAGGCGUGGCACGAGAUCAUGCUGGCGUGCCUGGGGGGUAAAGAGUGCGACCCCCUGUCAGGGAAUACAGAGCCGGAGUGUGGCAGCCAGGUUGCCUACCUCUACUUUGUCUCCUUCAUCUUCUUCUGUUCGUUCUUGAUGCUGAAUCUAUUUGUUGCUGUUAUCAUGGACAACUUUGAGUACCUGACAAGAGACUCGUCCAUACUGGGACCUCACCAUCUGGAUGAGUAUGUCAGGAUUUGGGCCGAAUAUGAUCCUGCUGCCUGUGGCAGGAUCAGUUGCAGGGAAAUGUAUGACAUGCUGAGGCACAUGUGUCCUCCACUAGGCCUUGGGAAGAGGUGUCCAGCACGGGUGGCCUACAAGAGGCUGCUCCGGAUGGAUCUGCCCGUGGCCGAUGACAACACGGUCCACUUCAACUCCACCCUCAUGGCUUUGAUUCGCACGGCGCUGGACAUCAAGAUUGCCAAGGGUGGUAUCGACAAGCACCAGAUGGAUGCAGAAUUGAGGAAAGAAAUGAUGGCUAUCUGGCCCAACCUCUCCCAGAAGACUCUGGACUUGCUGGUUACGCCUCACAAGUCAGCGACAGACCUGACGGUUGGGAAAAUCUACGCUGCCAUGAUGAUCAUGGAGUACUACAGGCAGAGCAAGAUCAAACGAUCACAGGCUCUCCGUGAUGAGCAGAAUCGAACGCCAUUACUGUUUCAGCGCGUGGAGCCACAUACCCCCGCCCAGGAUGGGGGUCCGGGACUCAACAACGCCCUACCUCCACCUGAAACCACAGACACUGUCAACAGCCUGCCAGUGGAAGGCGGGAUACCGGAAAGCCACUCCUGGGUGACGGCCCGCGCUCAGGAGAUGUCUCAGAAGGUCGGCAGCUGGAGCCCGGAGGGACACGCCGAGGACAGCCUGGGGAGCAUGACCAACUCACAGACGGUAGAGAUGAGAGAGAUGGGGCAGGAUGGGUACUCGGAUACUGAGCACUUUCCACCAAUGGAAGGCCAUGGCAGGGCCGCUUCCAUGCCCCGCCUCCCAGGCGACAACCAACAGCGGAGGAAAGGGAAGCAACGUGGCAGUAACCUCAGUACCAUCAACGACAGCAGUCCCAUGAAGCGCUCCGCCUCAUCGCUGGGCCACAGCAGGUCCGGGCGUGGCCACAGAGAUAAAGGAGGAGCAGACGACUACAACAUGGAGCGAGCAAUACCCGAGGAGGGGAGAAGACACGGGCACCGGCGAAAAGACCGGGGUCACCGGGCGUCCGAGAGGUCCCUCUGUCGCUACAAUGAGGGUGACACAGGCCUGGGCACAGACCUGAGCACAACCACCCACUCCGGCGACCUCACGUCCAAAGACAAGGAUCGAGACAGAGACCGCGGCCGGUCCAAAGACCGGAAGCACCACCACCACCAUCACCACCACCACGGCUCUGUGGACAAGGAGCGGUAUGUAGCGGAGCGAGGGGGCGAGUACGGGCACAGGCACUCCCGUGACAGAGAGCACGACCGGGAUAGAGAGCGGGAGCGGGACCGGCGCUGGUCGCGAUCGCCCAGUGAAGGUCGCGAGUGCAUGACGCACAGACAGGGCAGUAGUUCGGUCAGCGGAAGUCCCGUCCCCUCAACCUCGGGGACCAGUACACCGCGCCGCGGCCGCCGACAGUUGCCUCAGACUCCGGCAACACCCCGGCCUCAUGUCACAUACUCCCCCGUAGUCCGUAAGGGCGUGCCCGCGCCUCCCGGGGGGCCGCAGGGCCGCCCCCCAGUCCCAGUCGCUCAGCGCUUUUCUCCAGAGCCCCCUCAAGGCCAGGGUCCUCCCCCAGCAGGCCUCCCGCCAAUGGCCCACCACGCCACCCCCCGCCAGGGUCAUCACCCUCCGCCUCGCUGGGGGGACACAGGUCGAGGGGGUGGCUCUCUGGAAGGCGAUGGCUGCUUCUACAACCAGGACUACCAGGACUACGAGCCCCACCAUGAACCGCCUGCCUAUGAGCCGGGCCCCAUGCAGGGCGGCAACCCCCACCCCCACGCCUUGGCCAACCACCCACUGCCACCGCCCGCACAACCACAGCCACACAACCCCCACCCGAUUCCUCCACCGCAGCCACACCCCGUGAACAAUCCCCACCCACAGCCCACUCGUACCUCGCCGAGGACUGCCCACCACGCGCCUCCCCCCACCACUGUCCUCACCGGGCCUGUUCAGGGCCAGGUCCAGCCUGCUGCCCAGCGCCGCCUACCCAACGGUUACCGAUCCUCGUCGCCUUCCACUCAUCUCCAUGGACCCCCACAUACCGGACCCCACAAGGUUCCCCCCCCAGCCGGGCAUCCAAGGGGUCCCCGCAAGGGCCUGCAUGAACCCUACAGCGAGACGGAGGACGACGAUUGGUGCUAGCCCCUGGGGAAGGGGGGAGGGACAUAUGGAGGAAACAUGAUUGACAGUUGGACUGAAAGAAGAUGAGGAGCUCUGAGUCGGAGCACUGACUGCCAAGGGAAACCACGACUUUUCUUUCUUGUCAGUUCAACCUUUUCCUCUCUCCACUGCUUGGCGUGAGUUGGUGGGUUUACAGGAGGGAUAGGCAUCAGGAUGUAGGCGUGGAACAAGAAUGCUGAGGCAGAAUAUGGAGGAACAAGUAGCGUGAGGGGGGGUGACAAACUACCACUCAUGUUCUGCUCACAUUCUUGUUGAUCCUCACUUGAUGUCAAAUGAGACUCAGAUUGCAGUUUCAAGGAUGCAGGCAGACGGAGUGAUGGACACUAGUCUUUGUGUCUUAAAUUAUGCCUCUGGCAAUGAGCUAUAGCCACUUACAAGAUGUCAAGAGUUGCGACUCGACAGAUGACACUUUACAGUCAGAGACAAAAGAACGACCACCUUUUUUUUUCCCCUCCCUUGUCCAAGCUGACUUCCGUUGAGUUAGCUGCGAAAAGAAUCAAAUCCAACCCUCCCAGCCACCAGUUGAAUAUUGAUGAGUUUUAUCAUCUGUGUUUUUAAAUAAGAACAAAACUGACAAGGAGCCGUCCGCCUGUAUGAGGUGAGAGGGCUAAGUGGAUGGGAGAGUUGGGCAGCGUUGCGCGAGGUUUGACGUGUCCCUCUGAUGAAAUCCGGAGGACAUGGGGGGAGG